UUACUUUAAUUCAUUAGCUAUGGAUUAUAGAAACCAGUCUAUUUGGCAAACUUGGACAAAAAUGGAAGGCUACUGUAUUUAUUUCAAUGCAGGAAAUAAUACAAAAAAAUAACUUACAAAAUUUUAAGAAAAUUGUAUUUUUGUUAGUUACAAGGCCCUGCACUGCCUUAAUUUAAGGACACUAGAUUAACCGAUGAGUAUUCAAUUCAACCAAUUCAUACCAGUUUUUCUGCUUGUAUGAGUGAAAAUUUAUCCAGACCAAGGUAUCAAAAUGGCCAAUAAAAAUCUUGGUGCUGAAGAACCUAAGACUUGGAUUGACAGGUUAGGCAUUCCCGUCCCAGAAGAUCUGCUGUCUGACUCAGAAUUGACUGAAGUUACAACACCUAAAACUGGUUUUCAGAGUCAACCUGCACUAACCAAUACUCAAAUGGAUAACAACAGCAGUGAAAGCAGCUUAAGUGACCAGGAGGCAGCUGAGUUACAGGAAUAUUUGAGGCAGUCCUCUCUUCAUGAAGACAAUUUGUCAGCUUCUGUCAAUGUGAUUGAUGCCAAUCCUGUUGGUGUGGCUGAAAGUGAAUCUUGGUCACGUCUGAAUGACUGGUCAAGAUGUAGCCCCACUAAAAGUGAUCAAAAUCUUGCUAUCCUUGAAAAUGAUGAUGAUGGCUGGGCAAUUGAAGAAGAGCAGGCAGAUUACAGUGAUGAAUACUUUGGACAGUCACCUCCAGUGCCCAGAACUGGCUUCCCUGUCAAACAUACUGCAGCUUCAAGGAACCGAAAAAAGUUUGACAAUUUACAAACAAGACGCUCAACAACAGCCCCUCUGAGGCCCCCCAGGAGAAAGAAAGAUGAGGUCCUUAAGUUCACCUCCCUGCCUCUCCAACCCAGCACCAGCAACACCCUGGCUACCGCUCAGCAGGUGCGCUCCACUCAGCAAAGGGAGCGCACCAGACACAGAGAGAAGGACCGUGGAGCCAAGUCAGCAGACCAGCAGCUCCAUGAAGCUCCUCUCUCCCCACCGUGUGAGCACCCUGCAUCGCCUCCCCCUCACUCCCCAGCAACAUCUUCAGGCGUGGUAUUGCGCUGUGAAAGCCUUCCACAGCUCAAGCGCCUUCCCAAGCAAACCGGCCAUCGAUGCCGCUAUUUGAGCGUAAGCAGUCGUCGCUUGAGUGAACCAGCGCCAUCAUGCGUGCCUCCUCCGUCGCCUCUGCUGCCGGUGCCGCCGUCGCCGACGCUAGAGUCGCCACCGCUGCCCCAGGACUGCAUGGCGCAGUACGCUCACGUCAGCUCAUUGCUACGUCGUACCAAUGCUGGUGGUCCUGAUGCUGCAGCCACGUCUCCUACAGGAGGAGGGAGGAAGUUCAGCCACGAGGAGAUGUUGUAUCAGCAAGAGGCCAGCGAGACGUUAUGGCUAGAACUGCAAGCCUGGCAUGCUCAGCUCGACUGCUACACAUACGACAACCUCCUCUUCGCCCAGAGAGAUAAGGUUAACACAAUAAUAGAUGCAGUCCUGAACUUCAGUAUCCCCGUCAAGUCAUACACCGACACCACGUGCCCCUCAAGCUGCCUGUCCAUCUGGUGCAGUUCCUGCCGUGACCACCAAGACAAAGCUCUCCGACAGGUGUCGAACCUCAUGAGUCAGAUCGAGCAAGUAGAGGCGCUGUUCCCCUCCACUGCUAAGAUAAUUAUUCUCUACCCUGCGUGGGGUGGGCCUGAGUUCACAACUCGAUGUCGUGCAUUAAGUUUAUGGUAUAACACGACCAUACAUUUGAGGCAGACCAUCGCACUUCUCGGAAACCGUCUGCAACAUAUUGCAAAAUCCGUUAUCCCGUGGCCUACGUUUCGUCCUGUAAGUGAAAUCCUUUCUUCGUCCAAUAGUACCACUCAGAGAACUUUCUCGAGUGAAGAUGAGAUCACAAAUCGCGAUACCACAAUGGAUAGCUCAUCGUUUGACCAAGACGGUCACAAGAAUGUGGUUACCUCUGUAUGCUCCCCCAUUAAACUGAUAAUUAACCAUGCUGACGACUCAGAAAUUUCCAACAAAAUUGCGGGUGAGAAGGCACAGAACGAAGUACGUUUCGCCGUGGAGGGAAGUACCAGUAGUGAUGAGGGCGAAGAAGACCCGGAUAUUAAGGAUGAUAAACGUGAUCGCUAUGCUGAUGCCGGACGAAGUGACAGCAACAGUAGCCUGCUGUCUGCUGAGGCUCCAGUUGACAGCGGAGGGCUCAAGAAAAGCUCAAGUACUCUUUUUCUGGCAUCCAACCCUUAUAGGAAAUACGUCGAGAAAUGCAUGCACAGCAAAGGUCUUCAUAAAACUUUUGAGAAAAUCGUGGAGGUGAUACGUGACGUGAUGGCGCGCACGGUCUGUCUUAUGGAGGAUGAACCUGAACACUUGCAUCCACUCCAUACUGAUCGUUUCUUGCUGGAGUACUGCGCUGAACUGCGACGAGUCAUGCAGUUCACAGAAGAUGUUCGGAGCUCUGUUGAUGUCGCUGAUGUGAACACGGUGCUGCCUCAGGAUGGGGUUGUACCCAUGGCGCCUCUCACCGCUGAAUUCGAGGCUCUUUCUACUGGCGAUCAUCGUGUCAAAGCUGCGGCAGAUGGAGAGAAUCAGAGAAGCAACGCUACGGGAAACCGUACUAGUGAGCGCGGUAACGACAGCCCAAAUGGUAGCACCUCCAAACCAAACGCUGCGAGAAGUUGUCCUCCUGACUGUGGUGCGCGGAAUUUCUUGACGUGUAGCUGGAGUGGGCGCAUGUGGCUGAUGGGGCUCCCUGGGGUUGCAAGCCUCUUCUGGUUCCUGUCUUCAGUUCCUGUGCUGCUCGUGUGCGAGUGUCUCAGACUUAGACUCAGUCAAAUGCCCAAGCAGCCUUCGCAGCUCAGCAUACGUCAGCUUGUGCGCGAGUGUCGUGAGGGCUUGAGACUUGCAGUGACUGUUCGGCGUCGCUUCCUGCGCUGGAGUGGAGCCAUGGCGCAGCAUCUGAGCUCUCUCAAAAGACGCCGUGUCUCGACAGCAAGUCAGUACCGCUCGUCGAGCAUCAGCACGGCUUCUACAGGUCGUGGUGCAGGUGAAGCGCAGCGCCGAGAAAGCGCUCCUACACCUGGAGGUCCUGGUUUUCCGCGUCACGUCAGUGGCAGCAGCUCUUCGCGACAUCUCGGUGUCCCUGAUGGCUCUGUCCUGACAUCGUUCUCCGCUCCCGCGUCUCCUAUGCGUUCAUCUGCACACGUGACCUUGUCACAUACGUCUGCACGCCCUAACCUCGUACAUGCUUAUCCUCAGGGUGGAUCCUCUGAUCAAUCAUCUCCACCAUCGAUACAGGCUCCCCCUCUUUUAUCGCCCCUUGCCCCCUUGGCUGCACAGGAAGCUUCUGGACAUAUUUUUUUAAGUGGCUAUCCUUCGACAGCCCAACAACUGGCCACCAGACGGCUUUCAGGUGAAGGUUAUGACAUUGAUCUCGGUCUUUGCUCCCAUGAACAUGAGCAGCAGUUGCAAGCCGGACAUGGCGACUUCGUAAAUAUCCCUCCUUCGACAACGUACUUGCAAGACUCGGUCUCUCCCACGGUUCCAGUGACGCGGCUUAACGAUGACCUCUCUUCUAAUUUCCUGGAUACUGAUACUAGGUUCACAAACUUGCACUCAGAUACUGUCAAGAAUGUGGAUCUCAAUUCUACUGACGAAGGGGUCGCCCUGACAUCUCCCGAGUCAAGUGAACGUUCAUCAUCGGCAGGUUACAGUACUGGUAGAGGCGGUGAAAAUGGAGGCCCUACGACCGCGGUGCAAACGCUGCAAGCUCUUCGCAAGGAACUCAGCCGGCGCCAGACGAACCUUUUGGAAGACCUUGACUUCAACAUAGAAACGCUCCUGAAGGUGUAUCUUGACUGGCUGGAUCUCUACAUCCCGGUCUCCGGUGGCAGCAACUUCUUGCUGAAUGCUUCCAGUGCCGAGGAUAACACGAGUGGUCUGCUGCAUGAGUGGCAGUUUGUGUGCAGCAUCUGCCCGCAGGUGUUGCACGCUUACACACUCGCCGCCACUCGCUUCUGUAAUCUGGCGGAGUUGCUGGUGAAGGAGGCCUGGGACAGCCUCAGCAGCGGCAUAGACGAGCUUGCAUUUGCAGCAUCAAUUAAAUUGCAUGGAAAUAUGUUGAAAAAUUUAUUGUUGAAUUGUCAAGUUUUCCAACCGAUCCUCUGUUCCAAUCAUUUUAAAUCAUCGGAACGGGGGCAAUUGAGUGGCGAUAUUUCGUCUGUGAUGAGUUCUCUAUCUUCCGCAACUACGCAAGAGUCUUUCCGUCCUAAUUGCAAACGGGAACUGUCGCGCAUUGAAAUCCGUCGCUUGCACUCGGUAGUGUCGGGGAGCCGACGUCGUAUGGGCCGCGCCCUCGCUCUGGCCCGCACCCUCAAGCAUCAGCUCGAGGUCGCUGUGCAGUACAAACGGCACUCGAGCGCCUCCCUUCAGCGCCUCCUGCAGGCACUGCGCUGCACGGGGCACGUCAGACUUGACCGCAUCGACCCAAGAUAUGCAGUCUUCGCGCCUGGUCAUCUGGCACAAGAUUUGGACUCCAUCAUGGUACUUCUGAGCCUCACGCCGCUGCCAGACGAGCACCGCAUGAACGCAAACGUGGCCGAGCAGCCUCCUGUACCGUCGCUGCUACUGACGUCGCCGUCAUCACAGACGAAGCCCCUCCUCGUCGUCCCACCGCCUGUGAUGCAGACAAAUGGUACAGGACCCUUUCCUUCCGCUACACUCGUGCCUCGUAACAGUUUUAGUUCCUCGUCUGAUAACAACAAACUGGCGUACCUCAUCCUGCUUAGACUUGAUGCAUGGAUGCCCAGUGAAGGGAGUGUUUCUACUGCCACGUCUGCCGCACCAACAACUCAUGCGGCGUUCUUCCCUGCUGAUUUCAAUAACAGUUCCUCCCCGCCUCUUGCUGUUCCUUGUCCGUGUGACUCUUCUAGCAUACAAGUGUCAGUGCCAUCCGAGUCCUGUGCUGAAUCUCACGCCGGCGUCGGUGCCGCCAAGAAGUUUUCCCGCAAGCUCCCCUGGAGAGGCCCUGUCGUGCGACUCCAGCCCACGGCUGCUGCCACCAUUGCACUUUCCUCUCUUCAGACAUGCGAUGCUGUGGCCAUUAGCAGCAGCUCGUCUGUAGGCACCGUGCUGGGCUACCUGAGCUCGGUGCUACCCUCGCAGCUGCUGCUCCCUCUCCACGAGCGUUCUGUGCCCCACGCUGCCGUCAAUGCUGCUCUUGCUGCGCUUAAAGCUGUGUGUUUGGAGGUGUGCGGGCGGUUAGGCAAGUGUGUGACAGUCGUCGCUCAACUCUUGCAUCUCGAAGGCAACCUUGGAGAAGAGGCCACUACAGACGCUACCGCGUCCUUCAGAGCCAAGCAAGCUUCUAGCGAGCCUGGUGCUGCCCAUGAUACUCCCAGCCCGCACUCCCCCGCCUCUGCUACAAGCUCCGGCAUCACUCGAGACGUACUGCAGCAACUUUACUCCUUCGGUUUUGAGUACCACCGUGACGUAUGCCGCCUCUUCAGCAGCAGCAAUGCCAGCGAGCAGACUCGUAUUGUGUCGCAUCUCGUCUCCUUCUCACAGUCCUGGAUCAAAUUCUGCCAGCAGCACUACCCUCCUGGCAAUGGGUCCCGUCCUCGCUGGUCUGCCAAUGGGCUGGACUUUUUGUUGUAUUCGUGCAGUCCCCAGAACCUGCGUCACGUCCACAAGCAUGCGGCGCAGUCCUUCCUGAACGAAGUGCAGGAGUGUUACCAUCACGUGGUGGGGGUCGCGAAGCCUGAGGCUUCCCUGCCUUCUUCUGCUCCUAUCACGCCCAAUGCCACAAGAAGGCCUUUCAGAUCUACGUCAUCUUCUGCGAGCACCCGAAGCGCGAGCGACUCGCCGUCCACGUGGAUGCCGUACAUCGACUCUCGUCUGGGUCCUGAUUUUACUACAGCAUCGUCUGCGGCGGUGCAGUGGUCACGAGCUCAGUCAGGCCGAGGUAUGGCACGAGUGCGCAACGCUGUCGUACGUCUGGAGCAAGAGCUUCAGCAAAAGCGACAGCAGAGCAAGGCUGUGGGUCAAGUUGUCUCGCUUCCUCCGUCACAUGCAUUGGACUUGUCGCCCCAAACACGAUCCAAGACGAUUGGCUUCUCUUGGCAUCGGGGCUUCAAAAUCGGCUCGGGGCAGUUUGGCAAGGUGUACACAGCCGUUAACAACAGCACAGGAGAACUGCUGGCAGUUAAAGUGCAGCCUGUGUCACACACUGACAGGAAACUCGUCGCCAAGAUGGUCGAGGAGCUUCGCAUACUCGAGGGCUUCAGCCAUCCUAAUCUCGUCAAGUAUUACGGCAUGGAAAUACUCGAGGACGAGUUACUUUUCUUCAUGGAGUACUGCGAGGAAGGCACGCUGGAACACCUGAGCUACAGCACGGAGGUGGGACUGCCGGAGGAGAUGGUGCGCCGCUACACGAGGCAGCUCCUGGACGGGGUAGCCGCCCUGCACGACCGGGGAGUCAUCCACAGGGAUAUCAAAGGAGCGAACAUUUUCUUAACACAAGACAGCCACAAUCUUAAGUUGGGAGACUUUGGAUGCGCCGUGCGGCUGCGCGGUGACCGAACGGAAGUGGGCGAACUCGGUGGAAUAGUUGGCACCCACGCCUUCAUGGCGCCCGAAAUAUUCCAGUCCCAGGGAGGGUACGGGCGGGCAGCAGACGUGUGGUCGCUGGCGUGCGUCAUCAUUGAGAUGUGCACCGCCAAGCGCCCCUGGCCGGAGCUCAACAACAGCGCGCAGAUCAUGUUCAAGGUUGGCAUGGGCCAAAGCCCCGCGUACCCGCCGUCGCUGUCCAAGGAAGGACACGACUUCCUCAGCCGGUGCUUCGUCCACGACCCUCAGGAGCGCGCCACGGCGUCAUCGCUCCUGCACCAUCCUUUUGUCAAGGUGGAGCUUGACGAAGACAGCUACUCGUUGCCUCUGUAUUCUGGAGUUCAGAAUUACUACGCCUACAAUACUGCCUUCGAAAACUCGUCAUAGCGGCUUGUUUAUCUCUUACAAAAUGUGUUAAAUUAUUCGUAUCUCCUCUCUCUUUGAAAAUUAAUCCAGUAUUAUGUAUCUUGAUGCAAUUUCAUUGUUCUUGGUAUGUCUUUUUGACAUCUUGGUUGAAUUCUAAUUGGUCACUUCCUCUUCACUUCAAGUUUAUGCCCUGUUAUGCUGACAGUUCAAUUUUCUAAAAAUUUGUUAGGGACAUUUGUAUCUCGGCUAACGGCUUACAAAAUCUCGACGUUUCUUUUUAGUUUGAAGAAUUACCUUGGAUCUAAAAUUUUACCUCGUGACGUCCAGCUAAUGCCUAGUAGUACUGAAUUAUAACUAUAAACUUCUGCAAAAUUAUUACAUUGUUUGCAGUUCAGUCCUUAACUUUUGGUGAGAUUUACGUCGGCUUCUGAGAAGUUACUAGUUUAUUCAUACUAUCGUUCGGUAUUGGUAUUAAUAUUAGUUAUUUAUAUUCUACAGCAUUGCAAUAAAUGUGUGAGUAGAUCAUUUGAGGUCGUAAAAAUGCUUGACAACUUUC